AUAGUAAACAAACCCCUUCCGGCCCCCCAUUCUCCUUCCCCCCGUUCUCCUUUUUCGAGUCGCACGCUCGUCAUUGGGACGUAAUGGCCUCCACAAAGGUCUCCAACAGGGCUUCGGGAGAGACAGAAACCGGCGACCCUUCGAAGGGGAUGAUCACUCUGGCAUCGGUGAGGGAUGCUCUAAUUAGGCAGGAGGAUACGAUCGUGUUCAGUCUCAUAGAGAGGGCCAGGUUCCCGCACAACGCCCCGGUGUACGACCCUUCGUUCCUGGGGUCAGGGCAGUCCCUUGUGGAGUUUUUCGUCAGGGAGUCCGAGUCUCUUCAUGCCAAGGCUGGACGAUAUCAAAACCCGGAAGAAGUACCCUUCUUCCCUGAUGAUCUACCGCUGCCGCUCGUACCUCCUUGCGACUAUCCAGAGGUCUUGCAUCCAACAUCUGCAUCUGUAAGUGUGUGUGAGGCCAUAUGGAACAUGUAUUUAAAUGAUCUGCUUCCACUAAUCACUGUCAAGGGUGAUGAUGGUAACUAUGCAUCGACAGCAGCCGCAGAUCUUGCAUGUUUGCAGGCUCUGUCUAGAAGAAUCCAUUAUGGUAAGUUUGUGGCAGAGGUGAAGUUCAGAGAUGCUCCACAAGAUUACACUCCAGCAAUUCGCACUAAGGAUGGGGAUGCUUUGAUGAAAUUGUUAACAUUUGAGCGUGUUGAACAGAUGGUAAAGAAAAGGGUAGAGAAAAAGGCUAUGGUGUUUGGGCAAGAUGUAACCUUACAGGACAAGGGUAAUAAGGUGGAGUUCACUGAUGGUGAGAUCAAGUGUAAGGUAGACCCCUCGGUGGUUUGUCGUCUCUAUGAUGAGUGGGUUAUGCCCAUGACAAAGCUUGUUGAAGUUGAGUAUCUCCUCCGUCGUCUUGAUUGAUUACGUUGGUUGAUUUUGUGUUAGAAUGGUGUUUUUAUACUUUUGAUUCUCCAAAAUAAGAAAAUAAACAUAUUGUAUCGAGGAUGCUGAUUCAUCCCAUGAAGCUUGAUGAUUCCUUUUCCUUUUUCUGCUUUCUUUUAAUUGAGGAAGUUGGACUUCUAAUGAUCUUUUGAUUCUAAA